AUGGUAACGAAUUAUCGAAAGUUAAUGGUUUAAUAAUUAUCAAUGAAAGAUCUAUAUCAAUAUCUAUCUAUUCGCGCCAUCUUUUAAAAAAUUUCGUAAAGUUUAAUAAACUAUAAAGUAUAUCGAUCGAAAUAAAAACUACUUUCCCAUUGAGAGAGAGAGAGAGAAAGAGCCAAAGAUAAGGAUGCGUCGGUAAAUAAUUUUACAAGAGGUAUAAAAGUACGACAUUACCCACCGUCGAUUUUAAUCAAAGGAAAAUAGUACGAAGAUGAUCGUAGGUAUCGUAGCGCCUUCAAAGAAAAUGGCGCUGCGAAUGGGCGGGUUUCGAAUCGUUCGAAUGGAGUGCUCACGACCGGCCGGCGGCACUCAUUUGGCGCACCGACGUCGCGACGCGCGGUAUGCGUUGUUCCUUCCUUUCUCUCUAUCCGUUCUCCGACCUUCCUUUAUUUUUUAUUUUUUGUGCGCGUAUUAACGAACUUUUCAAAAGCCGAUAUAUAUAUAUAUAUAUAUCUCUAUCCGAUUCGACGAUUAACUUUCCUUUCUUUUCAAAAUGCACGAUGAUAUCGCGGAGUUAUUCGUUGCGAGAAAAGAAACGAAAGAAGAAAGAAAUUCGUGUGAUUGUGACGUAAUAAAUUGAUCACGUUGAAAAGUGAGAAUAAAAAAAAGGGGGAAACGAAAAAGAAAAAAAAGAAAAAAAAAAAAGAAAAAAAAACCGAGGAAAAGGAAAACGUAACAAGUGUGAGAUCUCUUCGUAAAGAUCGGUAAAAGGGAAUAGAGAUAGGAGUUAGAGAGAUAAAAAGAAAGAGAGAGAGAGAGAGAGAGAGAGAGAGAGAGAGAGAGAGAGAGAGAGAGAGAAAUAGUGUAAUAAAACAGUGAGACAAAAUAAAAAAAAGGGGUGAAAUAUAAUAAUGUAGAUGUUGGAACGAUCAAAUGGGAAAUGAUUUGGAUGAUGGUGAUUACGUCGAUCGUCGUCAAUCGUCUAAGUGAGAGAAAGAAGGAUAAUCAUCUGGUAUGCACCAAGGACUGAUCGUCGUUCUUUCCUCGUUGAAGGAUCAUGCCGUUCGUGAUUCGAAAGGUGGAGCCGCGUUUCUUGUGCCGCGGUCACGUGCCAUCCGGCGCGGCGGCACAAGAGUUACCGGUUGGUGCCGAAUUGGAUGCUGUUGCGAACGGUGCACUUACAGGUUCGUUAAAGCAACUGGCCUCGCUUCUCACCAUUGCCGAAGACAUAUUUGCCGAACUCACUCGGGAACUGACUGCGGUUGCCGAAAGGAGUGCCCAAGUCAGACGAAGACUCGACAAGGUCGAAGAACGACUUGUUACCAUCGACCCUAAAAAGAUUCCCGUUCCCGAAUCGGACAUUUGCACGUUCGCGGCACGAACGGAACACUUUCACGUAACGAACAAACCAUCAACGGCGUUGUUCACGUCGAAUACAAGACCGAGAGCACUCAAAGAAUUGUACGAGGCCGCCGGCGUGGUCGCUGUCAGAAGUUUGGAUUCGUUGAGAAGGGAUGGCAGCUCCAUGGAUAUGUUCCUCUGCACACCCGUUCUUGGAAAGAGAAGGCGGGACCAAAGUCUCGACAUCGAGUCCAGAGUCCCAGCUGCUAUCGAAGAUCUACGAAGAUGGACAUCGGCAGAGGCACUCGGAGACGUCACCGUGCCACCGGACUGCAUGUCCAGAAUCCUCGGAGACACGGCCGACGACGAAGCAGUGGAUCACAAGUUGCCCAGUCCAGAGGAACAGGUUCAGGCUGUUGCACUCAAAUUCCCGGCGGAAAUCGUUGCGGUGGAUGUAAGCGGAAGGGGGUUCGAAAGGAUGUCAAUGAGAAGAAGGUCCUUGCUGUCUGGUCCGGAGAUUCAACAACAAGAGACAAACGUUAAGAGACGAUCGAGACCACGAAGGCCAAGGGGAAAGAGACGAAAUACGAUCGCUGGUACUGAUCAAAAGGAAAUUCGUCAAGCUAUCGGAGGAGAAACGACGGGAGACGAGCCGGAAGAAGCAAUGCCUAGCACAACACCGAGGGCUCAUCGUUCGGCUAGUACCGACAUACUUGGUUCGUCGAAGAAGGAUACAUCGACGGAAAAGAAAUCCCAUUUCAAUACUUUGAAGGCUUGGGGAAUGUCCAGGCUAAAGUCGAUCGGUCAAAAUAAAUCAGGUGCACAACAACAACAACAACAACAACAACAACAGCAACAGCAACAGCAACAACAGCAACAGGAAACGAGCGAAUCGAAUGCAAACAGAUCUGAGCAGGGUCAAAGCCAAUCGAGAUCGUCGCCGCCGGACGAAACGAAUAUUUACGAGACUGUUAACAACAGACGUAAAAAGGACAAGUCUCACCAUCAAAGGAAACCAAGCUCGUCAAGUUCAAGCGGUAAGAGUACAUCGUCGAUUCCUGUGUCGAUCCCUACGUCGAUUCCAGUAUCGAUCCCGUCGAGUACCGAGAGACAGGGUAGCGUUAAGUUGCGUGAAAGCGCGGCACAAAGGAGAGAAAGACGGAAAGGUACUAGCCGCGAUGACGCACCUCAUUCCAGUUCAGGAAAUUGGAGCGCAUCUUCGGAAAGUGGUAGAGCUAGUAUCGGAAGCGAGACUACAACGACGACUCAUCAACCGAGAUCAACGACCACAGCAUCGAUUGGUACAUCCUCGACUUCAUUGAGCCACGCGAGACGUCUCAAAGGAAGAGACACUUCGGCUUCCUCUUCGGUCACCUCGGAGGGCACCUUAACUCCCGACAUUAUACAGGAUAUAUCAGUAGUACCGUUUUCGGACGACGGCGAGACAUCGUCCGUAUAUUCCUGCGAUACCGAAGGUUAUUACACUUCCUUCCACGUCGAUUCUGGAUUAAAAACAUUAAGAGAAGAAGAACCACCUCCUCAAAGUCCGCUCACAAAAUCGAACGGAGUUGGUUCUGAUCCAACCUCGCCGAUCAUCGAGAACGAGUACGAAUUGUUCGGCCGAGGAUCAACUUCGACGACCACGAGCUCAGCUGGUACCGUUUGUACGGCUCUGUUGGCACCACCACCGCCGGAAAGAAAAUCCAGUUUAACAGUAGUUGCUAUGGUCCAUGGAGAAAAUCAAAACGGUGGCGAGUCACCGGACAGUGGUCACAACACUUCCUCCUCGCCGGUCGAGUCAGCCUCGAGUCCAGCCUGCACUGGAAGAUCCUGUUCGGAAUUCGAGUACUCCGAAUCGAGCGAUCUCGAAGGUUGCGAGAGGAUCGAGAGAAUUCGUUCGAAAACCGCGAUCAAUUCGAGUCGGAUACCAUCUAUGUGCGUUAUAACUCCGCCCUGUUCCGACGACGAACACGUCAAAGACGUCGAUCCGUCGGAAAAAAAGCAUCAAGUUCGAAAUAAAAAUGACGUUCAAGCCGCAGGAUCGGUAUUGAUGUCUGCCACUGUUGGAACAUCUAAAAUGGAAGUGAUCAAUGGACAGGAUAAGAACCUUUACGCUACCGUCCAACAUGUAAUACCGUCUUCCACUAAUAAUAAUAGCAACGACAAUAACGGCAACUCCGACAGACCUAUUACGAACAAUCAUCAAUCGUCACAAAUUAAAAUCAGCCCGUUGAGCGGUGUUUUGGGUAAACUUCGUGGCGUACUUCCAGGUAGGAAGCACGUUUCGAAAAACGUGGUUCAUGGUCUUACCAAUGUGGACUCCGGCGACUAUGUUACGAUAGCCGACGUGAGGAAUAACAAUGACAAACGACCGGAAUCAGGAUCAUCAUCCAGCACGACCUCCUUGGCCCGUUCGCCUACCACUUACGCGAAUUCCGAUAUAUUUAAGAGAGACGCCGAAUAUGUCUGUCUGAGCGAAUUGCCGAAGAAACCGGACUCGUCCUUGGAAAGGAAGAGACAGGGCGCUAGAGUUACUUUAGAUUCCGAAGGCAAGGUCGUUUAUUCAUCGGACAGUCUCAAGAGAAGAAAAGGGGCACACACGACCUUCAAUCCAGGUCCAUUCGUAAGAGAAGGAAUAUCACCUAAUCCAUCACCCUUAUUACGUCGAGCAACUCCAAACGUACGAGCGGUUACAAAAAGUCAGGACACCGUCGACAGCAGCGAAAAAAAGAUACCGUCUCCUGCGACAUCGCCUACCCCGUCACCUACGUCACCUACGUCGCCACCUACGUCACCGCAAUUGGGUAAACUCAUUAUUCGGGCGGCGAAGAGCCCGGACAGAGCCCCGAGUCCCGACUACGUGAGGACACCCGCGACCGUGGUGGGUCCAAAGAGUCCCACAAGUCCUCACAGACAAGUACGGGGAGCGUACGUCAACGUGCAGGCUGGCGACGAAGAUAAUAAUUUAUUAGCAAUACCGUCAGAGUCGAUAGCGGUACAACCCCCAGCUUAUAUCGGGCCCCCAGUACCAGGGGAUAAGGAAAAAUCGCACAAGUACAAGAAAGAUACAUCGAAGGAAUCUCAUGUUAAUAAAGAACGUUAUCAGGAAGAAAUUAAAAAUCAUGGAAAUUACGAUGAACGACGUGGUUAUCCUCAGAACAAUUCCCAGCACUAUUAUCGUUACAACGACGAUCAAAAGUUUUUCGAACGAAAGAGAAUAACGAAUUACUGUGAUUACCAAUUACGUAAUUGUGACCGUCAAUCGGUACAAAUACAAAAUGCUAAGAAUCAAGGAUUUUGCAUGGCCGGAAGGGACUUCGAUCAACAGCAAUUCUAUACUUUACCUACAAGAAGAGCUCAAAGAGAGAUCGAGCCACCUCGAAGCGUUACUCCGGACAUUACGAGAGGUCUUGGACGUGGUUCCCUGAGCGCGAUGCACAUGUUAGCCAGACAAGGACGAAGGCCCGUUGUCGAGCAGGUUCCCGAGCAGGUUCCUAAGCAGGUUCUUCUUCCCGAGCAGGUUCUUCUUCCCGAGCAAGUUCGUUUAGCGAGUAAUAGGAAGUUGGAAGAACUCGAGACGAGGAAGAGACUCGUGAAACAACAGCAAACAGCGCCGAUCGUUGAUGUCAGAAAUAGAUUCGCAACGCCGUUGAGUCUGUCUGCGCUUGGCUAUCGAUUCUUCGCCUCUUCACCCAUCAGCGAACCCAUCGCGAUGCCACCGGCUAGUACGGAUCUCCUAAAGCACGAUCCAAUUUCCCCCAUCGGAGGUGGUUACGGUAACGGGUUCGAAUCUUCCACUCCUAUAGCACGAUCGGUUGCUCGAACCGUUGCCGAACGUCUCGCUCUAACUACCGGGAAUUCUCCGUCGCCUGUACCAAGUUCAUCCGGCAGAAGUACACCCGUUCAACCAUCCUCAUCGUCCGGUAGAAAUACACCAACAAAUUUAAUAUUAUCGCCUAGUAAAAGUACAAUGUCAAACGAGGAACUUUUCGCUGCCAUUCAUAAGUCGAAGAAAAAGUUAAAUAUCAAAGACGACGGAGAAAACAUGUCGCCUUAUGGUUCGAUGAAUUCUUUGAUUAAAUCGCCGGCCGGUAAUCGACACAGCUGGAGUCCCGAAUCUCAGAAACCAACUGAGAUACCCAUCUCACAACCGAUACAUUCCCCAUCGGCUACUUCGCGAUUAGACUUCAAACGUUUAUUACUUCAACAGAGCGUCAAGGUAGGACCAACGAGACUCUCGGCAGCAGAACAAUUAAAACUUUCCCGACAACAGUGUCAACAACAACAGCAACAGCAGCAGCAACAACAACAACAACAACACCAUCAACAACUACUACAAUCACCGACCAUCGUAAAUUCAUCGCAAACUCCAUUGACCAAAGUCAUGAGUCCUCGUUCGGUUUGGAGAUUCCAAACGCCAAGGACUGAUGUUUUAUCCUCAACUAUCAUCGAGGAUACCGCGGCUGAAGAGAAGGCCAUGAAACCAUCCCCUGAAAACACCUCACCUAUCUCAAGAUUGAACAGCAAAAGACAAUUGGAUCUUGGAAAUGAACCAGUUAAUAAUCUACGAGAUAUGAGGAAAGAAGAAAAUUUAAUCGAAUCAUACGACGGUAGACCGUUGUCCUCUGUCAUUCUAUCUAAUUCGCAUCUUGACAGCAAAAAAGAUAAUAGCACCCCUAAAAGAAUUACACAGAUCGAGCCAAAAGUUUUACCCUCCUACAACAUGGUUGAGAACGGUGCCAACACCAUAAACACUAACACCAUUGCAACCAGUAUCGCAACCAGUAUCGCAACCAACAGCAAUACUGGCAUUUCUCUCUUACAGUAUUCGCAUAAUUCUCCACGGCUCACGUCUAAAGGGCAAGAAGCCGUGAACGCAAUCGAAUCUAGACGAUUGAGCAAUCAAUUGGCAAGAGCUCAAUUUCUAUCUAGCACGCCAACGAUCGCCAACGAUCAAGUACAACAAAGUGCUUAUUUCGGCAAACGUUUUCGAGCGAGAUCCGAAUCACCGAAACACGUAAAUUCUCAAAACGUUGCUACCCGUAGCCCGAGUGCGCCCACCCUCGAGACAGCUCUUUGAUUGAAACAAAUUUUAAAAUGUAAAAGGAGACACGAAUUGUUUAUUAAUUUAUGAGUCAAACGACUGCCAGCAUCGAUAAAGGUUUUAGACGAAUUUUUCGAGCAAUAAUAUUAGAACAUAAUAUAUAUAUAUAUAUAUAU